AUGGGCAACUCUGCACCGAACAUGCAGCUGCCAGACGCAGCGGCCAUCCUCCAGUCCGGUCGCGUUCACGAUGUCGACCGCAUGCAGGCUUGGACCUCAAUGCACAAGUUCAGCAAGCAGUAUGGCGGGCUGUUCGCAUGUACACUUGGGGGCGAAACGCACAUCUGGGUCGCAAGAGAAGAUGUUGCGCAAGACUUAAUGGUCAAGAACGCUGAGCUGAGUUCGGCGAGGGCAGAUAUUGGGUCUUUCCCAGGUGUGACACAGGACUUUUUGUACUUGCCUCUGCUCGGAUACACAGAUCACUUCCACCGUCAAAAAAGAUUCGCAAACGCAAUGAUGACCCGCGCAGCUAAGAACCAAUACUACGGUCACAUUCAGCUUGAGAUGAAGCGCUUCAUGCACGAGCUCUCCCAAAAGCCAGAAGACUUCUUCACUCUCACCCAUCUCUUCUGUGCUAGAAUCAGCUCUCGCCUCGCGUAUGGCACCGCCGAUCGUUCAAUAGAGCACAUGAUCAACGCCGGCGCCUUCAUCUCCCAACUUGGCCCUUCUGGGCCCAUCCCUAAUCUCAUGCCGUUCCUAAGAUACUUCCCUGAGUGGAUGGCGCCGGGUCAGCGCGGAGUGCGAGAACGCCGAGAUAAGGAAUCAGCGCUGUGGAAGGACGCAUUCGAUCUGGCAAAAGCAUCCAAAGAUAAGGCAAUUUACACCACCGCAAGCUUGGAUACCAAAGCUAUUGGCUCCGAUACCGACCUUCUCUUCGCUGACGAGGAGGAGGCCAAGGCUGCAGUAGGCAUGCUCUGCACUGUCGCGAUCUAUACUAUUGGCGGACCGGCGACGCUGUUCGUCAUGGCUAUGAUCCUACAUCCGGAAUGGCAAGCCAAAGUGCGUCAGCAAAUUGAUGAGGUAGUUGGAAAGGAUGAGAUGGUGGACUUUAAGCACAGUCCACGGUUACCGAUUUUGAGGGCAGCUAUCAAGGAAUGUGUGAGAUGGAAGAGUACUGUUCCACUCGGCGUCCCCCGCCUACUCUCGAAGAACUACACCCACUCUGGCUACCAUUUUCCCCGCGGCGCCGUCGUCCACGUUCUCGACAUCGCCAUGGCUCAAAACCCCACCACUUAUUCCUCUUCCCCUCCCUCCGUCUACGACCCCUCCCGCUGGCUCGACCCCUCGUCUCCCAAUUUCAAGUCUCCACUUACCGAACACCCACGCUUGAAAGGCCAUCAUAUCUUUGGGAGGGGCAAGAGAGUGUGUCCUGGCCAGGAUCUUGCGGAGGCGGAGCUGUUGGUCUUUUGUGGGAACUUGGUCAAGAAUUUUCAACUUGGGAAGAAAGAUGGAGUAGAGAUUGGGCCGGACCAAUGGACACCGCAUGUCAUCGGGGGACCGUUGCCGUUCCCCUCCCUCUUCUACGAGGCCGAAGUCCGCUACGGUAUUCUCAAACUCUUCCUGAAGAACUUCGACAUCGCUGCCAGUGUCGCAAGGGCCAGCCUGGCGCGCACUCAGCAAGACGACUCCACAUUACCCGCCUACACCUAUCGAUCUCUCAAAAAAGAAGAUGAAAUACGCAUCUUCAAAGUCGAGAAGACAGGACCGAGCGAGUGGCAGUACGACAUCGAACACACAAGAUUAGCCAAUGCUCCACCCUUCGAAACCGUUUCAUAUGUCUGGGGUCCGGACACUCGCCAGAAUAUCCUGUGUCUAAAAGACGGUCAGACGAUACGGACCAACGAUAACCUUGCUAAGGCACUGCCUUAUCUCUCAGCAGAAUGCAAGACUGGCUAUCUCUGGAUCGACCAAAUCAACAUCAAUCAGUCUAGUACGCAAGAGCGCAAUCAUCAAGUCAAGAUGAUGGGUGAUGUCUACAAGAAGGGUGAAAGAGUCAUAGCUUGGUUGGGCAUGGGAGCAAGACCUAGCAAACAACUUCUCGCUCUCAUCACGAAAAGAUCAUGGAUCGACUUCUUCAAUGUUCUCCACAAGACUUCGUCGCGAUUUUAA